AUGCCUCAACUACAGGAACUGUUCAAUUCAGCAGUGCAGCCCCUGCCUGCAAUCGAGGACAAGAGCUUCGCAUCACACUUCGAUACCUUUGCGGGUAGCCGAGUGAUUCUCCUAGGCGAUGGCAGCCAUGGGACAUCUGAGUUCUAUGCUGCGCGCGCAGAGAUCACAAAGCGACUCAUUGAACGACACGGCUACACCAUGGUCGCGGUCGAAGCAGACUGGCCGGAUGCAGAGGCCAUCGACCGAUACGUGCGCUUGCGCCCAGGUCCCAAGGCGCAAAUUGGAGGAAAAGCGAAACAAUAUGAACCAUUCAAUCGAUUCCCUACCUGGAUGUGGAGGAAUGCCGAGAUGCAGCAGCUAGUUGAAUGGAUGCGUGAUCGAAACCAGUCCCUCCCACCAGAGCAAAGAGCCGGGUUCUACGGGCUGGACCUGUACAGCAUGGGAGCCUCGAUUCGUGCUGUGAUCGAAUACUUGGAGAAGGUUGACCGACCGACAGCCAAACAAGCGCGCCAGCGAUAUGGGUGUCUAGAGCCUUGGGUUGAUGAACCCACUUCAUAUGGUCUGGCAUCCCUCCGAGGCAUGAAAGACUGUGAAGCCCCGGUGAUGAAGAUGCUCGGAGAACUUCUGGAGAAACGGCUUGAAUAUGCCAGCUCGCAGGAUGGCGAUGAAUACCACAGCGGCGAACAGAAUGCACACCUUGUUCGGGACGCGGAGAAGUAUUACAAGUCAAUGUACUACAGCUCAGCGAGUUCGUGGAACCUGCGCGACACGCACAUGUUUGAGACCUUGGAACGCCUGCUAAAGCACAAUGAGGGAGAGAAAGCCAUUGUGUGGGCGCACAAUUCUCACGUCGGGGAUGCGCGCUAUACAAGCAUGGGCUAUCGCCGCAAUGAGCUCAACAUCGGGCAGCUAUGCCGUGAACGACUGGGAGGCGAUAAUGUGACCAUUCUUGGAUGCGGAACUCACACCGGCACUGUCGCGGCGGCCCAUGAGUGGGACGAUGAUAUGGAGGUCAUGUCCGUCCGUCCAUCCCGAGAUGAUAGCUGGGAAAUUGUUGCCCACGAUACAGGGGUGCCAAGCUUCGUGCUCGACUUGCGUAAGGACUGCAUAGAUCCCGCUCUGCGCGCAGCUAUGGCUGCUGAGCAACGGCUGGAGCGUUUCAUUGGUGUCAUCUACCGCCCUGAUACCGAGCGUGUCUCCCACUACUCGCAGGCUUUCCUUCACAAGCAGUUUGAUGGUUAUAUCUGGUUCGAUAGGACCCAGGCCGUCAAACCUUUGGAGGUCAUCCAACCCGAAACGCCGCUUGGAAAGGGCGAAACUUAUCCAUUCGGACUCUAG